AUGGGCAUCUUCAGCUUCCGGCGCAACAAGGACAAGAAGAAGGAUGCCAUCGGCGUUCCUUGGGGUCCGUCCUAUCCCAACGGCGAGAACGGUCUCGAUGCCAAGUCCCGGGCGCCCCUCUUUCCACCCACGCGCUUCUCCGCCCGUCUGAUCGCUGAGCUCCCCUCCAACGUCCUCGAGCGCAUCUUCGUCGCCGUGUGCCCUCAAUCCCAGGAUGAGUCCUACGAGACGUGCGAGCAGAGCGCUCUCGAAGAUGGCUGCAUGCUCUGCGACCUCAGGGAUCUCGCCCACUGCGUCCAGGUCUGCAAGCAAUGGCGUGCCGCUGCCAGGAAGCUUCUAUACCACAGCAUUCGGAUUGAUCCCGUUCACUAUUGCGCUCGUGAAGCCUACCUCGCCGAACUACGCAAGCGCCGCACCAAGUUCGAUCGCAACGGCGAACCUGAGGACACGCCGAGCGCCCGCCUGAAGCUUCUGUGCCGUACCCUCCGCGACGACCCGACCCGCCUCGGCGCCCGUGUUCGCUACUUCAAGACGCCCUACAUGCUGCGCGAAGCGGCGCAGGCCGAUCUCGCUCGCACAAUUGCCGUCCUGCCCAAUCUGCUCUAUGUCGACCUUCCCGAAGGACUCUUCUCCGACGACUCAGCCUACGCAACAUUGCGCCUCGAGGUUGAGGCACGGUGUCCCAAGCUGCUGAAAAUGACAUAUCGUGGCGGGGCAGAGCGAAGUCUGGCCAAGCUGGCACAGGGAACCAUUUGGAGGCAUCUAGAGGUCCUGGAGCUGAUCAAAAUCAACAUGGACCCCAACGUCUUGCGCCACGUUCUCGCUGCGCUGCCCAACCUGCACGCGCUCAAGGUCACUGACAGCAGGGCCUUCAACGAUGACGUCUUCGCCUACAACGAGAUGCUGCCACCAUUCCCCGCGCUCGAGCAGCUCGUGCUCACCAAAACGCCCAAUGUCACGGCUGCCGGCUUGGUCGACUAUCUGAGCUAUCCCGAGACACGCGCCGCUCUCACCGUGCUCGCCCUCAACAAGACUGGCAUAGAGAUUCCCACCCUCCACGAGGUUGUCUCGCUUGCCACAUCUCUGAAGUCCCUCGUCGUUCAGUGCAGGGUGGGUGGUCCUUUCAAGAGCGGCCCCCAGACACAGAGGCUGUCCUCGAGGUCGUUGGAGACAUUGCGCUAUGAAAUCAGCAGCGAUCCACAAGCAAGCCCAUACUCCGGCAUCACGCAAACCUACUACACCUAUCUCGCCUCCUCCAUCCUCGCCAAUGGCCUCACAAACCUGCGAGCCGUCUACGUGCUCGACGCUGAGUUUGCCGACCAGCUCUCCGGUUUACCGCCUCCGCCUCCCCGCGCCUCCUUUGCCCAACACGGUCGUCCUUCCUCCUCCGGCUCCGGCCUCUCCAAGUCGCCUCAUGGCAACUUUCUCGCGCCAAACAUUACAGGUGGCAAUGGUGGUCUUCAGCCUCCGAUGCGCCCCUUUGCCCCGUCUGGUGCCCCGGCCUCCAACCGUUUCAGCUCGAACAAUCCUUUCGCCGGCACGGGCUCCCUGACGCACACGCUCGAGGUCUUUGCCAAGAAGGACGAGGCCAUGAACUGGUCGUUCGUCAAAGUCUCGCCCACGGCACAGCUCGGCCCCGCGCCCUCGCGCUAUAGCAUGGUGCCGGGGGCGCUGCAGAGCGAGAGGCCCAUCAGCUCCUACGGACUCGGCGCCGACAUGCUCGGCAACGGGUGGAACACGGCCGGCGCGCGACGCAGCGUCAUGGUAGGCAACGGCAUUGGCGGCUUCACGGCCUUGCCGCAGGAUGCACCACCGCCCAUGCCCAGCGGGCUGCAGGCUGGCGGGGACUCGUGGCCGCGUCCCGUCAGCAGUGCUGGAGAGAAGAGGGGCGAUCGGGACAUGUGGCGGUGA